AUGACUUCCAAAAUUAAAGUGGGACACUACAACAUCAAUACUGAUGAAAUGCUAGGAAAAGGUUCAUUUGGGAUUGUUUAUAGCUGUCAAAGCGAUACUUUAAAAAAUAAAGACUUGUGUGUUAAAAUCAUUUCUUGUAAAAAUGCGACAGUUUAAGCUCAUAAAGAAAUUCAGCUACUUUAAUUGCUCUAAAGAGUGACAAAUCCGAAUUUAAUUACCAUCUACGAUGUGAUUUAAGAUUAAAAUCAGAUAUAUGUAUUUAUGGAUAGGUGUAGAGGAGGAGACCUUAAAUCCCUUAUUUAAGACUACAAUUUGAAGAAAAAAUAGUUUACCUUAGAACAAAUUGCAGAUAUGGUUAGUUAGAUUGUAUGUGGAUAUGAGGCCUUAAUAUAAAACAAAAUGAUCCAUAGAGAUCUCAAACCUGCUAACAUUUUAUUUGAAUUUAAGACAAAGGAGAAAAUAACAUUAAAAUUAACAGAUUUUGGGUUGUCAAAAGUAUUAGAUGACAUUAGUAUUAAACAAUACAUGACAAGAGUGGGAACUCCUGCUUAUAUGUCCCCACAAAUUGCAUUGGGAGAUAAAUUUUCUGCAAAAUGUGAUAUAUUCUCGUUGGGAAUCAUUAUCUACGAAUUAACAUUUCUAGAAAUACCAUCCUAAGGGAUGAACCCUUUGAUACGUAAUCUAUUUUAAAAGUCUCUAAAAACUAAGCCGUUUGUUUGUCCUAACCUAAAUCAGUAGCAACCUGCUUAAUUGAAAUGCUUGAUUUAAGAUUUAAUUAACAAGAUGCUCAGUUUUGAAGAGGAGAAGAGACCAAGUUGGGAUUAAUUAAUAAAAUCAGAAAUAAUGACUAUAGGUAAAUAAGUCGUAGCUAUCCCUAUUGAGGUUAAAUAAAAAAAGGAAGAAAACAAUUUAUAAGUUACAUUGUAUAAACAUGAGAAGAAGUUAAAUAGGGAAAGAUAUUUUCAUUAAACUUAGUUUCUUAGGUUUAAUGAAAUUAAAUAAAAUUUCAAGGGCAAAAAUGAUCUUUUGAGAAAAUCCUAUCUUAUUAUAUAUACUAUGAUAUGCAAAGCCCAACUAUUAUACAGUUUGCAAUAUUAAUUUCAAUCAGUAGUAAAACAAUACUUUCCAAAUUUUGAUGCCUAUCAUUUUGAGCUAAUUUAGACAUGCUUUAUUGGAUAUCGCUUUAAGAUUCUUGAGAAUGCUUUCGGAUUUUGUAACCAAAAGUUAGACUUAAUUGAUGAAUCACUCAAGAAAUAAUUUGAGAAUUAAUUUUUGUAAAUGACAUAAGAAAUUUAUCAAUCAAAUGAUUUAGAGAUACAAGAAAUUAAAAAAUUUGUUUAUGAUUUUCUCCUAUAAACAAAGGAUAUAUUCCAAUAAGCAGAAAACGAAUUAAUAAAUUCUAAAACAAAAAAUUAAUAUCCCAAGAACAUAGAAAAGUUUUAUAAAUUGAUUUCUUAAUAAGAUUUUACAGACUUUGGAAUAUAUGCUAAAUGGUUUUAUUUUUUUUGGAAUCAGCAUCUUCGCAAAUUAUUGAAUUAUGAUAAAACCAAAUAGAACGACAUAAAAUAUUAAUUACUAUUAAUCUAAAUUGAGAGAUUUCUUAAUUUGGAAACAGACCAUCCUUUUAAAAAAUAUGAGAAAUUUGAUGAAACCUCAAUACUAUUAUUAUUUGAAAAUUCUGCAUAGGAUGAUCUAGAGAGAUAAAUAUAAAUAAGAGUAUACAUUUGA